AUGACGACCCCGCAAGUCCAACACGAGGCGCUCAACGCAACCUUCACCGGCAUCGAGACAACAUGCGACAGUACGGCCGUCCACCACUUCCGCGGCAUCAAAUACGCCAGUAUCCCUGGGCGCUUUGAACGCGCGCUGCCGGUGGAUGGGUUUGACGGGCGGACUGUUGAUGCUUCGCGAUUUGGGCCCCGAUGCCCCCAAGUCCCCAUUGACGUCCGCCAUCUCCUGCGUAUCCCCGAAGACUUUGUGAUUGAGGACGAGCCCGAGGAUGAAUUCGAGUGUUUGACGGUCGAUAUUACGGCUCCGCCGGGUGCGGCGAAUCAGGGGGGUCUGCCGGUGCUGGUAUGGAUUCAUGGAGGCUCACAGAUUAUGACGUUUUGCUCGGCGGGGUCGAAGAUUUGUGACCCGACAAGAAUCGUUGCCGAUUCAAUCAAAUCUGGCCAGCCGUUCAUCUUCGUGUCGAUCAACUACCGGCUCAACAUUUUCAGCUUCGGAGACGGCGGCGAGACGAACCUGGCUAUCAAGGAUCAGCGAUUGGGACUCGACUGGGUGAGGAAGAACAUUGGCGCAUUUGGCGGGAAUGCAGACAACAUUACCCUAGCUGGAGAAAGCGCUGGCGCCAUCUACGUCCAUGCGCACCUUAGCACGGGUCCGCCGGUGAAGAGAGCGGUUUUAGCUUCUGGAUCACUAUACCUAUCGUCGCCACUACCUGUGGAACGAGGUAACGGUCUCAUCAAAGCCCUAGAAGCGAAAGUGCAGUCAUACGGCGAGUCCUCACUCCGACAAGCAUCCGUGCCAUCUCUUCUCCGAGCGUUACAAGAGAGCAAUGUCAACACGAUGUGGAUUCAAGAAGACGACGAACUGAAGGACUGGGAGAAGAGGCCCGAGCAGGCAGAUGAGAUCAUGAUCGGAGACACCGAGUACGAGUCCGUCAUUUGGCGCAACGGCAUCGAGACCUCAGACGGCUCAACCAUCGCCUCCGCAUUCGAGCUAGACCAAACCUACGGCACCACCCUCCGCAAACUCUACAACGUCGUCCCCGACCGCCCAACAGCCUGCAAACUCGGCGCCCUCGACCUCGUCAACGACGCGCGCUACACCCUCCCCGUGGAAAUCAUCUCCGACAAGGUCGCUGCCGCCGGAAAGCGCGUCUUCAAGUACGUCGUCGACCAAGUGAACCCGUGGCAGGCGUCCGCGCGGGCGCACCACGCCGUGGACCUGCUCUUCCUGUUCGGCGGCGUCGACCUCUCGUUUAACCCGUCUGCCGAUACAGUCGGCAAGGACAUGAGGCGGCGCUGGGUUGCGUUUGUGAAUGGACGGAGUCCGUGGAACCCUGAGAAGCGGUUUGCGUUUGGCCCUGUCGGUGAGUGUAGGGAGAUCUCUGAGGCCGGGUUUGCGGCGAGGCGCAGGGUUAAGCAUCUUGGUGUUUUGAAGGACGCGGGCAUUGGGGUGUAUUUACCCAUUGUGUUUGCGCUUACGGCGGGCAAGAUUAGUUUGUUGAAUUAG